AUGCCCCCCAGUCGCAAUUCUCUGGGCGGGGUUUCAAGACGAUGCGUUGUUCAUGUUGGUGGCGGGGGCAAAGCCAAAACAUUGCGUGCUGGAGCCAUUCGCGAACGUCAACAGGACGCCCGUGAAAUUCGCUCUGCUCUCCUCAAAGAACUUCCUUUGGUGGAGCGUGAGCGUUUGCUAAGCGCAGAGAGUGGUGGACCAAGCAUGUCGUCGCAAGUACCGUCGGACAAUUUCGACCUCACCGACUUCUCCGCCUAUUUCAUGGAUGUAGACUCUAUGGUCCCUCCUCCUGGUGAGGAAGGGUUCUCAGUAAGUCAUGCUGGAGACGAAAUUUCGCUGUACCGGGAGCUUGAGACUAUUACAAUGACAAAGACACGACGACUUGACACCCGCAAUCGCAGCGGACGGAUUGCACACCUCGUAGCGGAGUGGGCCUCACAAUACGACGAUCUCACCAAUGCUUUUCUGACGUACAAGCAAAACUGCACUCCACCUCCACUCUCUGACAACGAGGCAGAGAAUUUUUCAAUUGAAGUUGUUGAUCUUUUUGGCAGCUCGCCUACUCGCCCAACGGUUGCGAUUACCAUCCGUACCCUUGACGUGUUCCGACAAAGUCAUCGGGUAUGCCCAAGGUUUAGCAUCCACGCUGCCGCGAAGAUGCUUUGUUUCAUGCAUAACCUUUGUUAUCGUCGGCACCUAGCCGAACAGAUGCGCACUGCAUUCGACGUGUAUCUCGAAAUACAUCGUCGCAUCAAUAGCCGACUCGACAAGUUCCUUGGACGUGACACAGAGAACUGGCGCAUGCUGAAUUCUUGUCCAGCUUGCCAAUACAAGCUGGUCAAUGAGCCGACUCUGGACUUCUCGAUUCUGUGCGCAUGUGAUGGGAACAACUCAGCCAAACUGGUUGAUCCCGCAGUACGUAGCGGUGAGGAACGUCUUGACCCUCGCUCAGGGCUAUCAUCCAUCUGGCUCACGGAGUCAUAUGUUGACCAAUUUAAGGAUGAAGUCCGAUCUGCGCGGGCACGUCAAGCUAGGCAACCUGCUCGGCAACAACCUAGUGACCCUGACGAUCCGUGGAUAGACGAACCGGACUCGAACGAUUCUGCAGAGCCACCCACCAUAUGCGUUGACCGCUGGCGUAAUGCAGCGCCCGAAUCACGCAAGAAGAUGUUUGCUAUAUUCAAGAAGUCAGGGAUUUUUGUCACAGUAUGCUGGCACGGGUUUCUCCUUACAAUUUGCGAUAUGGUCCGAAGCGGCGAAUUGAUGAAAUACCCGAUUGCUAGUGUGAAGAAGCUUAUGGACGUCUUUGGCAGCAAUAUUCUUUACGGGUAUGAUAUCAAAUGCGCCUUCGAAAAGAUUAUACAACGGAGUUCGCUCGCUGACGAUGCAAAACGCUUAAACCUGCAGGGUGUUGUGCCCGCCUUCCACGGACACGCCCACAACCGACUUUGCCAAGUUGAGCAUCAUUCGAAGUAUAAAGUCGGUGCGGGGAAGGAGGAUUUCGAGACCUGUGAACGGGUCUUCUCUGAAUCUAAUGCACUUGCAGCCCAAAUUCGCAACGCCACCGAUUUUCACCGUCACCAAGCGCUUGACGAACAUUUCGCCUUUGCCGAUUUGGACAAAUUUGCAGCCCUAUCUGACUUCAUCUAUAAUAAUUACGUCCAAGCGCUGACAAUCAUCUCUACGACAAGCAUAUUCCUCGCCAACUUCCACGCAUCAAAUGCCACCAUCAAGCCCAACUUCGAAGAUGAUCUUAAGGAUGAGCACCAAGUUUUACAACGCCUCGCUCGCAAGAAGGAAGAAUCCACCGUGGAAGUUGACUAUGUAAGAGCAUUGAAUGAGUAUGACGAAGCCCAGCGUUCAUAUGAAUCUGCGCGUGUGGCGUUCAGCGAGCUCGAUUUACGCCUCAAUUAUUCUACGAAGGAAUCUGGCGACAUACACCGCCGUCAUGCGAAUGCUACUAACAAACGUGAUCAGAAACUGGAGAUUGUCACGCAUUACGAACAUCAAAUGGCGCUGGACUCGAGAUGGGGUCCAGACCACCCCGAACGGAUGAAGGCACAGUCACGCAUUACCAAUCGGCUCUUCCACAAGGCUGUAGAUGACGUUGAACGCCUUGUCGUCAUGCGUCUGCUUGAGUUGACUAAGCUACAAAUGAGUGGUCUAGGUUACAAGCUUCGCACUCAAAUCUCCAAGGCACUCAAGAGUCGUGCGAAUGCAAUUCGAAACGCCCUUACUCGAUACAACAAAUACGGCGCUCUCCUAAGCCCUCCCCGCCCCCCAUUACAAUGGGACCAGAUUGUAGAGUAUUCUUUCCUUGCCGAAUUUGACUUGUUACGGGAAACAGAUGGGGAGAUCCAGUCAAAGAGUUGGGCCAACCCAUCUUACCGACACGCGUCCACGCAAUAUUUUGAGCACCAACGUGCUAAUGAAGAGAUUCGUCGGCUGGAUGUCGAGCUCGGACGUUUACUCACAAAGAUGCGAGAUGAUGCCGUUGAUUACCCCCAUGCCAUCGCACAACUUCAGUCCAGUGACCCACCCCUUGCAGCCGAACUCCAGCGUCGCUGGACACAGCUUCGGUCCGUCAACGCACGUCACAUUUGGCGCAUCCAGCAAAUCAUGCAGCUUCCUGGUUACAGUGGGCCAAAGAACCCUGGCAGUCGUGUAGGUCGGAUUGACGUUGCGUGUGCCUCUCCCUACGAAGCUGUGCCACAUGAACAGGAUAGAGAGGAGGGAGACGGAGACAAUGUAGAGCUUGAGCAACAGCUGGAAGACGUACAAGCUUACAUCGAGGGACUUGAUCAUCACCGUGUAGACUCAGAAUCCGCAGAAUAG